GGUCUCGGUGCUGGUCUCGCUGUAGUCUGGGGGAUUUGAACAUUCAGUGGAUCUGAGCUCUGGGUUGGACUCUAAGGUGAUAAAAACAUUAGCAGCAGAAGACCCGAAGAGGACCGAGCUCCAGGUUCGGGUUUGUUCGGGUUUCUUCGUCGUGUUGGAGUUUGUCUCUGCUGUGGAUUAACUCCAGACUCAGAUUCUGAGAGAGAGAUUGAGGAUCUUCAUGGGUCGGGUUAGGGUUAGGAUAGACUAACCCUGCUGAGGAUCUUCAUGUUUAAUGUUUCUAAACACCAGAGAAUAUUCAGGGAGGCCAGCGGACACUUGUUGAAACAACCCUUUGAGCUAACAUUAGCUCUGCUAACAUUAGCUUUGACAGUUAGCUCGAGACGCUGACAGUCUUUAUUCCGGUUUAAUAUAAACCCGGGCUGGUGGAUGCGGACGGAGGCCGAGUGUGGACCAGUUUUAAAGUGUUGGUGGAUCUUUGUUGGGGUUCCACUGACAGAGCUAAGCUAACUAGCUGCAGCUGUUCACCUCUAACUCUGUUAGCAGGACAGCUAGAUGCUAACAGCAGAUUCAAACAGGUGUGUUACCUGUUAGUGUGUCAACAUGAAGGUCUAUCGGACAGAGGACUUCUCAUGAGCAGCCCGUGGAUCCAUGGGAGGUAUCAGAGUCAUCUUCUACACGAAGUGGUGGAUUUUAUUUCACCUUUAAUCACAGGAGCAAAACUUUUCCUGACGUUAGCUUAGCCAAGCUAGCCUCUGCUUCCACCCUGUGGUCCUGCACACAGUUCCCUUUGGACCGUCAGUGUGUGUGUGUGUGUGUGUGUGUGUGUGUCUGGACUCUGGGAUGAGUUUAACGACAGUCUGAAAAACAGCCUCCGUCUCCAUCCAACACCUCUGCGGCCUCAGCAUGUCCGGCUCCCCGGGAACAGGAGGCUCCAACCCCCGCAAGUUCAGCGAGAAGAUCGCCCUACACAACCAGAAGCAGGCGGAGGAGACUCGGGCCUUCGAGCAGCUGAUGACAGACCUCAGUGUCUCCAGGGUCCAGUUUCAGAAGAUCCAGCAGCUCCGUCUGUCUCAGUCCCGGGCUCAGUACUAUGGAGGCUCUUUGCCCAACGUCAACCAGAUCAGCAACACCUGCACUGAAUUUCAGGGCGGAUUUUCUUCAGGACUGGACCCUGUCAGAGGGACUCGUCACCACGGGCUUGUGGAGAGGGUCCACAGAGACCGAAACCGCAUCAACUCCCCCCACCGCAGACCCAUCGACAAGCACGGCAGGCAGAUGGAGAGCUCUCCUUAUGGAGCUGUGUACCUGUCUCCUCCUCUGGACAACAGCUGGAGAAGGGAUCAGCAGCCGUGGAUGGAGGACAAACGGCCGGGCUUUAGAUUAAUAUCACAACUCAACAGGUGACCUUUGACCUCUCUA